CGCCCGAGUCUUGCCUGGCGCCGGUCUGCGGGCGCCUUCCGCUCCAGCGAGGCGGCCAGGCACAGCCUCUUCUCUUCCCCGCCGCCCAGAACCCGACGGCCAGGCCAGGCCCACGGGGCCAUAGCACCGGCGUCGACGGCGGCUGAGACGGCCUCUGGGAGCGCGUGAGGCUCCGGGGUCGCUGCGGCGAUUGGCCGGCCGCGGCGCCCGCUCCCAUAAUGCAGCGCAUGGCGCGUCAUUGAAGAGAGACCAUGAUGGCGGCGGCGCUUGGGCCCCCAGAAGUGAUCGCUCAGCUGGAGAACGCGGCCAAAGUUCUGAUGGCACCACCUUCCAUGGUUAAUAAUGAACAACGCCAGCAUGCAGAGCACAUAUUCUUAUCAUUUAGGAAAUCAAAAUCACCAUUUGCAGUUUGCAAGCAUAUUUUGGAAACAAGUAAAGUGGACUAUGUCCUCUUUCAAGCUGCCACAGCCAUAAUGGAAGCAGUUGUCCGAGAGUGGAUUCUCUUGGAAAAAGGUAGCAUCGAGUCACUGCGAACAUUCCUUUUAACAUAUGUCUUACAAAGGCCUAACCUCCAAAAGUAUGUUCGGGAACAGAUUCUAUUAGCAGUAGCAGUAAUUGUAAAACGAGGAUCCUUAGAUAAAUCAAUUGACUGCAAAAGCAUUUUUCAUGAAGUCAGCCAGUUGAUAAGUAGUGGCAAUCCCACUGUGCAAACUCUGGCCUGUUCUAUUCUAACUGCACUAUUGAGUGAAUUCUCAAGUUCAAGUAAAACUAGCAACAUUGGACUCAGUAUGGAAUUCCAUGGUAACUGCAAAAGAGUUUUUCAGGAAGAAGACCUUCGUCAGAUCUUCAUGUUAACGGUUGAAGUUCUUCAGGAGUUCAGCAGGCGGGAAAACCUCAAUGCUCAGAUGUCUUCGGUAUUUCAGCGUUACCUUGCACUCGCCAAUCAAGUCUUGAGCUGGAACUUUCUUCCUCCAAAUUUGGGCAGACAUUAUAUAGCUAUGUUUGAAUCCUCACAAAAUGUGCUGUUAAAGCCAACAGAAUCCUGGCGGGAGACUCUUCUGGAUAGCAGAGUUAUGGAGCUGUUCUUCACAGUACAUCGAAAAAUCAGAGAAGAUUCAGAUAUGGCACAAGAUUCUCUUCAGUGCCUUGCCCAGUUAGCUUCUCUUCAUGGACCCAUCUUCCCCGAUGAAGGAUCACAAGUUGAUUAUCUAGCACACUUCAUUGAGGGAUUACUGAAUACUAUCAAUGGAAUUGAAAUAGAAGAUUCAGAAGCUGUGGGAAUCUCCAGCAUUAUCAGCAACCUGAUAACUGUGUUCCCUCGAAAUGUUUUAACUGCCAUUCCAAAUGAACUUUUCUCGUCCUUUGUUAACUGCCUCACACACCUCACUUGUUCUUUUGGGCGAAGUGCUGCAUUGGAAGAAGUGCUUGAUAAAGAUGACAUGGUAUACAUGGAAGCAUAUGACAAAUUGCUAGAGUCCUGGCUAACUUUGGUUCAAGACGACAAACAUUUCCAUAAAGGCUUUUUUACCCAACAUGCUGUUCAAGUUUUCAAUUCCUAUAUUCAGUGCCACCUCGCUGCUCCAGAUGGCACGAGGAAUUUGACUGCCAAUGGUGUGGCCUCUCGUGAGGAAGAAGAAAUAAGUGAACUUCAAGAGGAUGAUCGAGACCAGUUUUCAGAUCAACUAGCCAGUGUAGGAAUGCUAGGAAGAAUUGCUGCAGAACACUGUAUACCUCUUCUGACAAGUUUAUUAGAAGAAAGAGUAACAAGGCUCCAUGGUCAGUUACAACGACAUCAGCAGCAAUUACUUGCUUCACCUGGUUCAAGCACUAUUGACAACAAAAUGCUUGAUGAUCUGUAUGAAGAUAUUCACUGGCUUAUUUUAGUUACAGGCUACCUCUUAGCUGAUGAUACUCAGGGAGAGACUCCGCUAAUACCUCCAGAAAUAAUGGAAUAUUCCAUUAAGCAUUCAUCUGAAGUUGACAUUAAUACAACACUUCAAAUUUUGGGAUCUCCAGGAGAAAAGGCUUCUUCCAUCCCAGGGUACAACAGAACAGAUUCUGUGAUUAGGCUGUUAUCUGCUGUUCUGAGAGUUUCAGAAGUUGAAUCUCGAGCAAUAAGAGCAGAUCUCACUCAUCUACUAAGCCCUCAAAUGGGCAAAGAUAUUGUUUGGUUUCUAAAACGCUGGGCAAAGACUUACCUCCUGGUGGAUGAGAAACUAUAUGAUCAGAUAAGUCUGCCAUUCAGUACAGCAUUUGGGGCAGAUACAGAAGGUUCUCAGUGGAUUAUUGGCUACCUCUUACAAAAAGUCAUCAGUAACCUCUCAGUGUGGAGUAGUGAGCAGGACCUUGCAAAUGACACUGUGCAGCUCCUUGUCACUUUGGUGGAAAGAAGAGAAAGGGCAAACUUAGUAAUUCAGUGUGAAAACUGGUGGAACUUAGCUAAGCAGUUUGCAAGCCGAAGCCCACCUCUGAAUUUCUUGUCAAGUCCUGUGCAGAGGACAUUAAUGAAGGCUCUUGUUUUGGGAGGUUUUGCACAUAUGGACACAGAAACCAAACAGCAGUAUUGGACAGAGGUUCUUCAGCCACUUCAGCAGCGAUUCUUAAGAGUGAUAAAUCAAGAAAACUUUCAGCAGAUGUGUCAACAAGAGGAAGUCAAGCAGGAAAUCACCGCCACACUGGAGGCCCUUUGUGGCAUUGCUGAGGCUACCCAGAUUGACAAUGUAGCAAUUCUUUUUAAUUUUUUGAUGGACUUCCUUACCAAUUGCAUUGGAUUGAUGGAAGUUUACAAAAAUACCCCAGAGACUGUCAAUCUCAUAAUAGAAGUUUUUGUUGAAGUUGCACAUAAACAGAUAUGCUAUCUUGGAGAGUCCAAAGCUAUGAACCUAUAUGAAGCCUGCCUUACUUUGCUGCAAGUAUAUUCUAAGAAUAACUUAGGGCGACAAAGAAUAGAUGUUACAGCGGAGGAAGAGCAAUACCAAGACCUGCUUCUCAUUAUGGAACUUCUUACUAACCUUCUGUCAAAAGAAUUCAUAGAUUUCAGUGAUACAGAUGAAGUGUUCAGAGGACAUGAGCCAGGGCAAGCAGCAAACAGGUCUGUGUCUGCAGCUGAUGUUGUUUUAUAUGGAGUGAACCUAAUUCUGCCUCUGAUGUCACAGGAUCUUUUGAAGUUUCCAACCCUUUGUAAUCAGUACUACAAAUUAAUCACGUUUAUCUGUGAGAUUUUUCCUGAAAAAAUACCACAGCUUCCUGAAGAUCUUUUUAAAAGUCUGAUGUACUCUUUAGAACUAGGAAUGACUUCAAUGAGUUCGGAGGUUUGCCAGCUUUGCCUGGAAGCUUUGACACCGUUAGCUGAACAGUGUGCUAAAGCACAAGAAACAGAUUCACCUCUUUUUUUAGCAACACGGCACUUUCUUAAGCUGGUUUUUGAUAUGCUGGUUUUGCAAAAGCACAACACAGAGAUGACCACUGCAGCCGGUGAAGCUUUCUACACAUUGGUGUGCUUGCAUCAGGCUGAAUACUCUGAAUUGGUUGAAACAUUACUGUCAAGUCAACAAGACCCAGUUAUUUACCAGAGAUUAGCAGAUGCCUUCAACAAACUCACUGCAAGCAGCACUCCUCCUACGCUGGAUCGGAAGCAGAAGAUGGCCUUCCUAAAGAGUUUAGAAGAAUUUAUGGCAAAUGUUGGUGGUCUCCUUUGUGUAAAAUAAACAACAAAACUUUAUGCAUAAUUUAGAUCUUUCUGCAAAGUGCACUGAAUUGCUAAAAGCUGACUUGAGUCUUGUCCUGUUCUUCAGUUCCUUGGCCAUUUUGGAUUUCGGAGAGCCUGAAAGUUUGAUAUUUAAUGCAGCGAAACAGGAGAGGUCACUUUGAAUCAGCUUCUGCUGUUGGGUGUUAGCCACAAUAUGUCAUAUAUGUCUUGUAGAUUUUGAAUGGUGAUUUAGGAUUUUCAGUUCCAUAUAUGUGCAAACAUAUGGCACCAUGAAAUGCAUAUUCAGUGCCUUUCCCCCCUUAUCAAAACAUUAGGUGGCUAGCCAAAGUUUAGAAUUUUUGUUAAAUUAAAUAUUAGAUGGACAUAUGCUCCCUGUUAUUUCUCAAAAUGUUGUCCAUAGAUCACCUGCAUCACUCAAGGAGCUGGUUGAAAAGGUAGUUCUUGGGUCCAACUGUAGAUCCUCAGUCAUAAUUUCUGUGUGUUGGGCCUUGGAUUCUUCAUCUUAAUAAGCCCCUCCCCUCUGCCACCCCAAAAGUUUUGAAUCAAUGCAAAAGACAUUGGAAACUCCUAAGAGGUUUUGUGCUUUCAGACUUUUCCUCCCUUUGAUGAUAAGGUUUAUAAUUGAGCAGGAAGAAGACACACCGGGUGUUUGUUGGCUUCUUGUAGCACACGCUCUCGCUCUUUUUUGUAACAUCCCUGGUGUCGCAGGUUUUGUAUAAUGCAGGUCUCUAAUCAUACUCUGAUGCCUGAACUUAAGGAGGAAAAUAUAUGUAUAUUUUUGUUCCAUAAAAAGAACUUUAGGAACUGUAGCCAUUUCAUUGCCUUAAUUUUAAGAAGAAAAUACAAAAAAGAGCAGAUUUGUUUUAGUAAGAAAUCAAGUCUUGAUGCUUCAGAGUUGGUUUAGGGUGUUAGCUGCUAUGAACCUGGUGCCCUUUUGAUUGUGUAUUUAUGUGGGUUUAUGAGUGAAAUGAAAGGCUCAUUCAUUUGUAGUCUAACUUUUUGAGUAUGUAUCUCUUCAGCCAUGUAGCCCUGGCUAAUAAUCUACUCUGAAUGGCUUGCUUAAGCAAUAACUAUUUUAAAGGAUGUGAAUUAUUGAUUCAUACAGACUAUUAUACAUUGGGGCAUUAGGGGCAAUAAUUAUGCUAGAGUGGACAUUCUCCUCAUUUCACAGGAGCCAUGUAAAUUUAAUUUAAGAGAUUAAAAAAUUCCUAUUUAGAUCCUCUAGUUUGACUUUUCUAAUCAGGACUUUUGUACUGCUGCCAUGCUCCACUUAAUUCUAUGUGUCAGCUUAAAUUAUGGAAAUGAAAGCUAAUUUAUAAACUGCAGACAUAUGAAACUCUGCCCACUUCAGUGUCAGAAAUCCCACAGCACAGUGAUAGAGGACUGUGGUGCAGGCGCACUCUGCAGCUGUGCUUCCAAGGGGUGGGCUUUCUCCUUCUGUGUUCUUGGACACGCUCAACUGUCCUUCAAAUGUGGUGUUGAUAUUUGAAUUGCAUAUAGUAUAUGCACCUUCACAUGAGAUGCUGUGCAAAACUUUGUAUAACUCUGUGCUACUAACAGUUAUAGUUAACAAAACUGGAGCAUCGAAAUUAAACACCCACCCUGUGCAUGUGACAUUAGACACGAGUGAAUGCAAAGCCUAGGGCCAUAACUUUGUAAGGAACAUUACUCUUAAUUCGAUCACUGUUAAGUAACAACUGAGGUGGAGCAAAAAUAUCUUAAAAGACAGGUAGGAAAAAACUAACAUCACUCCUCAUGAAAUAUACAUACUAUAUUUUUAAAAACACUUCGAACAAGUGCAUUUAUUUUUAAUUUCUUCUUUUCUCCCCUUAACGUGAAGUCUGAUGUGGCAGUGUUUUUGGUGUUUUAUGUUUCCCAGCUCCCUAAUGCUUUCUCAGUAGUUGUGAGCUGUAGGUAUCUGUGUGUUAAGUAAUAUAGUCCCUUUGCCAAAGGAUGCUGAAAUACGCACCUGACUGGGUGGGUCUGCUGGCCAUGACAAAACUAUGAUCAGAUUGUUAAAAGUAAAGAUGAGUAGGAAAGAAAUGACUUGUUAAAUAAAAAGCAUCAGUAUUUAAUAACUUUUCUAUAGACAGAAAUGUAUCUGCUGAAUUGGCCCAGAUGUUAUUACAAUACUGCAAUUUCAUUAGAUCAGUUUCAGUUAAAGUGAGAUUUACUUCAUAUUGGACCAAAUGAUACUUCAGUAUCUCCAGAAUGUUGUUUAGUGGCAAACGGGAAAAACAGCCACCACCAUUUUCUAGGUAAUGGGGGUGCAACUUUAAUUGUAAUGGCUAAGACUUCUUUCAGGGUGUUUGUGUAUGUUUGCCUGGUUGAAUAUUUGCUUAGUUUGGGUCUUUUGUUUUACUUUGUCCAUUUUUGUCUUUGGCUGUGUUUCCUGGCUCUAGUUUUGAGGGUUUUUUGUUUUAAUGCUCUUGGUCCAGUGGAUGUCAAGAACAUUGGCUUAAUUCCAGUAAAUUGGUUCAUAUUAUUAAACUAAGUUGUUAAAAAGAGUUUUAAAAACAAAAACAUUAUUUUUGCCCCCCUUUUAUAUGUUCAAUGGACACUGUUGAAGAUACGAUUUUUAGAAUUUUGUGUUUUACAAAAUUUCUGUUGUUCAUAUGUAGUAUCCUUUAACUUACAGUUUUCAGUUCAUUCUUUAUUUGACUUAUUUCUGUUUUUAUUUUCCUUUCCCAUUUGUUUCCCAAAGUCAUAGUCUCUACAGAGUCCCACGGCACAAUCACUAGGGACUUGGUCCUUUCACAAUUUGUAUCCAUGUAACAGCACCUGUAACUGUGUUCUUGUAGUUCUGUUAAAAGGAUUAGUUUGUCUUUACAGUCCUUCUGGAUAGGUGGCUGCCUGGGUAGGUAAACUAUUUGGCAGUAUUUGACAGUGUCCUUCUCAACACAUUUAUCCCGGUCUUUCUGCCUUGCUGUCUCUUAAUCUCUUGGAAGACAGGGGGAGCAUGUUAACAUCACUGCAUUGAGUUUUUUUGUCUGGUAUAAAGUAUGACAUGUUAAAAAAAAAUCUUUGCAAUAUUUUUCAAAUUUUAAGAAUUUAGUCUUAUUUCAUUGUAAACCAUGUAUCUAAUUAUAUUACAUUGCUCUGUUCAGAUAUGAUGGUUACAUGUUUUUUUUUUUUAGUUUUCACUUCACAACCAAGCAUCUCUAUUAUUAUAACUUCUCCCCAGCCAGCAAUAUUUAACACUCCCCUUAUAGUCUUUGAUUGAAUUUUCUCUUUUACCAAGAUAUCAAAUCUUUGUCUUUCUAAUGUCACCAUAUUUCCCAUUUCAGUUAAUACUUAUAUGAAUCCCUCAAGUAUUGAAGAGAACUAGCUUUCAGUUUCAAGGAUUUCAGGUUUGAGUAUCCUAGUAUUCACUGUCAGUUGAACCCUUAAAAAACCCUUUUAAAACAGUUUUAAUUGUUUCUGUUUGCCACUUCCAUCAUUAGGGGUGGUUGUCAUUAGACCUUAUAAGUUAGCUGUCUCUGACAGAUAAUUAUCAUUAUUGGUUCCUGAAUAAAAUAUUAACUGUUAAAGCAGAAGGAACCUCAGAACUUCUUAGUGUUUGUGUUUUUUUUUAAACAGAAUAAGGAACUGACUUGAUGUAAGUUUUUUAACAUAAUUUUCUAUAAAUUCUUCUACAAAACAGCAUAGCUGAUUUGAGGAUAUAAUAAUGUUUUAAAUUAUUUUGAAAUGCAAGUGGGUAUUCUCUGAUUUGGUAAAACACUACAUUUAAGAAUUCUUCAAAAGUUGAUUUUCUGAAAUUAAAAAAUGUCCAAAUUAGGUAUGUUGCUGAGCUCAAAUUAAUUUGAAGUACCCUGGUGAACACUGAACUUUAAAUACUUAAAUUUAGAUGUGAGAAAUAUGAAAUAUUCCUCAUUGAUGAUAAUGGGAACCCAUAACAUACUUAGCCAAAGAAUAUAUUUGGUUCAGGUAAAGAUAGAAACCUAAUAAUGGGCAUCCAUUCUUUUUUUAAAGAGGAUGGAUGAAGUAAUCUGUUUCUGGCCUGUAACUCUCUCUACUUUGGAUAGACUGAAAUAUUCCACAACCGCUUCAGUGGUGUUUGGGAGGUGCAGCUGGCACGUUAGACUUCUGAGACUCACACAAAAAACCAUCUUUAUCCACCUCACCCACUGGGGUUUGCGCUUCAUUUAUUCCCAGGCCUUUCCACCAGUAGAGAGAAUUAGUUGUUUCUUUUUCAAUCUAUAUGCUUAGGCCUCUUAGCUAUUAGGAGCUGUCAGAUGUGUACUAAUAGCAUAUUUUCCUAACCUGAAAUUAAAAAUACUGCAUCUACACCAUGUACCUGAUGGGGAUCUGACCUCAAGUGUGUUCUGAGCCUAGGCUUCCUGGCGUGGUGUCUUUUUUACCACAUAAGAUUAUGACAGAUUGCAAAUACUGGUAUUAUGAUUUGGUUCUCUGUACAAAGAAAGAAGCUCCAUGCAGUGAGUUUGUGGUUUAAUGGUCACAGAGUGUUAGCACUGCUACCAUUCAGCACGUGUAAAAUUUUUUAAAUUUAUAAAUAUUAAAAUUUUAAACUUACACUAAGACUUUUCAGUUUUUUUAAGAAACCCAGGGAUGAGUAUACUGUUUAAAUAUUUACCUCUAUUAACAUUACUGAAGGUAUAAAGUUGCAUUUAAUUUUUCAAAAGAUGCUACAGUAUGAUUUUAGGAAAUAAAUCAAGGCUAUGUAUUGAGCCAGUUACAAGCUGAAUAUCAAAUUGAUAAAAUUUUAUUUGUAUUUUUAAAAUCCAUAAAUGGGAGUUAAAUGUGUCUUUUCACUAAAUAUUUUUAUUACAUUUUUGUUUUGACCAUGUGUGAUUUGUUCAUGGGUAUUUAGCUGGACUGUUUUAUGAAGCUUAUUGAAAUGGUGCUAGUUCAUUUACAAUCAUAGGAUGUUUGACACUGGGAACAUUACACAGUCGUAAGAUAAUUUUGAAUAAAAAACAUGAGACAUA